AUGGCUUACAAUUGGUCUGUACUACUCUUGACAACGGCUUUGAUAUUAUUAGUACUGCUUGUGAAUUGUGAGGAGUCUUUUGUGAAGCCAUCAUACGAAACAGAUGCGUGUCCCUUCUGUAGAAGGCGUGUCAGCACAUGCUGUGGCGGGGCUAUUUCUAACUACUUCCGGAGCUCACAGUUUGAGAGCAUUUUCUCAAACCGUAACUCACUUGAGGUUGAUGCCCAUGAAGUGGGCUUCUGGGACUACCAGUCCUUUAUCACUGCCUCUGCUGAUUACCAGCCUUAUGGCUUUGGUACCACCUACCGGAAACUCUUGGGAAUGAAGGAACUUGCAGCUUUUCUGGCCCAUGUUGCCACCAAAACGUCCUGUGAGUUAUAA